AUGAUGUCGCCGGAGGCGUUCGGGCGUACGCACAAACGCCACGUGACAGACAUCGUCCGAGUUGCACUAGAGCGGAAAGGUGUCAUCGGCUUUAUCGACGUUCACGACGGAAUGACGCUGCUUGAGGCUCGAACGCUUAUCUGGGAGAAUGUGGAGGACGCCCCGGCCGAGUUCCAGUUUGUUCUGGAUGAUGGUGCGCCGGUGAGUGCGAGGCAGGAAGGCACACAGAAAAUCGCGUACUUCUAUCCAAUGGUGCGAAUUCGGGAGCUACGUCGAGGGCCAGCACCGUCACCGUUGGCGUCACCGCGACGAACCACAGCAGGAGUUGGAGCAACCAAGACGAAUAUGAAUCCAUCACCUAGCUCGUCUGAGAAGGUGUGCGUCAGUACAGCAUCCGGAGAGGAAUUUCACGUUUGGAUCACCGACGAUUACACUUUCCAGCAAUUGCGUCGUGAUGCAGCACGGUACUGGAAUAUCCCUGGUGGAGAAGUCGCGUUGGCAGAUGGAGAGGGCUGUUUGUGGCCGGAGCAGGCCAAAAUCCUUUCGUUGAUGAGCGUUGAAGACCUUCACAAUAAGGGGAUCAUUCUGGAGUAUAAAGGCGGCACAAUUGCGGCCAAGGCUCCUAAUAGUGUCAGCUUGAAAGACGCUAUGAGCGCUGCCACAGUUGGAAGAGAUAAACGACCAAGCGCGCGGCGUGCAGUCUCGGCAUCUGCACUGUCGGUAUCGCUGCCACCUCCCAUUGGCCUCAGCAGAACAGCUCAACCAUCGAUAUCUACCUUUGCGCUAAGACGGACGUUAUCGGCAACGGAUCCUGACUUGGUUUCUUCGGAGCCACCGCUAUCAGCGCCCUCCUCAAACCCAGUCGAGGAACUUUGGCGAAUCUUUACGUUCUAUUGCGUUAACGGGGAUAGUAUGGAGCUAGAAUGCUUGAAAGCCCACCAGUUUAACAAGCUGCUGCGCGACUCUCGUGUUUUCGGAGGCCAUUUGACACCGGCAAUGGUCGACAUUAUCUACACAUCGGAGACUAAAGGCAGACUCCAGACAUCUGGCAAAAUGAACUACGAGGAAUUCCUUAACGCGCUGGUGAAGGUCGCACGAGCCGCCCACACCAAAGGGAAUCGAGCUAACUGCAGUUCCAGCAAACUAUUGUGCGACAGCGAAGAGGAAGAUGAGCUGUUUCAGAGAUUGGUCAUGGACCAUAUUUUACCUUUGGCAUCGAGGUGGCCGACGAGCACUUGGCUGCAGCACACGCAACGCUUGCGGAGACCCGAGAUUGUGUCGUUCAUUUCGAAGUUUCUCGAGCCGUUGGUUGAGAUGUUCAUGUUCUACGCGAAGAGCUACGUCUUGAACGCAUCGGGAGUGAAGGAAUUCUACAUGUCGUAUGGAGACUAUACGAAGUUCAUCAACGAUUUUUGCUUCGCCAACUUACCACUCUCGAGUGUUGAAGCUGCGCAUGUUUUCCUGGCAUCCUGCUCAAGUCCGCUCUUUCAUGGAGCUCUUUUCGAGGCUGCUGCUGGCGGAAAUGAUAAGACGCAGACGAUGGAUUGCAACGACUCGAGUUCGCAGACAGCGGAAAGCGUGUCUGGUUCAACAGGCGCGGGUAAUAGUACUAGUUCUGGAAUAGCUUCGAUUCAGCGAAUCCUUGAAAGUGUCGAGGGCGUUGUGGCCUACGCUUUCCCUCAAAACCAAGUGGGGCGCAUGUGUAUGGGGGUCUCCGCUUUUCUUGACGCUUUGGGGCGCAUUGGGCUCACUGCAUUCACGAAAACGCGAACUCUCAAAACCAUUCACUGCGUGAAGGGGGUGUUUCAUCACCUCAGUCGAGGACUAACACGAUCAAGAGUCUUGGAGAUCCUAAAAAACCACGGCUCCACUUCCUUGCAUGCCACAAAGUUUUACUCGGGCAGUGUGGCCUUCAACAACAAAUUUGUUGACAUGUGGCGAUACGAGGGCUCGCCCGAUUAUCUGACGCUUGACACCAUUAAUGGUUACCCGGGCUCUCCAGACGCAAAGCUGAUGUCCAGUGUACCAGCACCAGUCGGGAUAUCUACCGGUACUGAAGCCAUCGUAUGCAGUACAGGAGCUCCAUUUGUGGGCAAUACGUCUCGUCGGAUCUUCUCGGCGCCGUUCUCUUCUUCAACUCUUUUCAACGAUAGAGGCGUGCCGAACGGCAGCGGACGGGGCCGUGAAGCUCUUGAUCGGCUCGUUCGCAAUGCAUUUCUUCGCAACGCCAUCGCUGCUAAUGAGCAAAAGAUAUCCGCCAUCGACACUCGGCAAGCAACUCUUCCGAGCGCAGAUCGGUCCGGGUCACCCCCACGAAGUCCAAGCUUACACCUGCGAACGAGCAGCGCUGCGUCACUACCACCAUCGCCUCUGAAUAAGGUUCCUCUGCGUCACGAAGAGGAAAAAGCUUUCUUCGAGAGCAUUCUGCUCAAAGGCGGCGUGUUCAAGAAGUACGGCCAGUGGGGUAAUCCUCAUCGGCGCUUCGUAUGGUGCUCCAAAGACUUCGACGCGAUAUACUGGAGGCCGUUGAACAAGAAGAGCAACUUGACGAAAGAUGGUAUCACGGUGACCUCCAUGGUCUCGGUUCUGCCCGGAAACUCAGCCCGCACAAGAUACGCCUUCAUGAAGCACUUGUCUGACGAUAAAGCGCUCAGUCGGUGUUUCUCUGUUGUUGCCGAGGACAGACGAUUGGACCUGGAAGCUGACUCGGAAGCUACGCGUGAACUGUGGACGAGUGCGCUGAUGUUCCUGAUGAGAGAGAAUCGGGCACGAUUGAUCAGAAAAUCUUAA